AGAGGCUGACUGUGUACGGCUUAGUAGGACAUUGCAGAGUUUGGUUUUACUCUUUGUGCCAUAGGGGGAUUCUGAGCAAGGGAGGGACAUCACCCGACCUGUGUUUUAAGAUGGACUCUUGGGCUCUGAGGCAUGUGGCAGUUAGUGAGCACAAAUGGACAUUGCUUCAUCUGGGCUUGGGAAGGAAAACUGGUCUAGGAGUCACUUUAUCUUAAAAAAGAGGAGGCCUGCCCCCAGGCCCUGCCCCCAGCCCUGUGCUCUCCCUCCUCCAGGCCUCUGAGUGCCAGUGGUGGUGUUGUCCCUUGUCACCUGGAACCCCAUGCAGCCGGAACCCAGGCUUAGCGGGGCUGGGGCCCGCACGCGAUUCCUUCCCCUGAGGUCACAGCGCCCUGAGGGGGCAGGGGACACGGUGAUGUACGCCUCCACCGAGUGCAAAGCCGAGGUGACGCCCUCCCAGCACGGCAACCGCACCUUCAGCUACACGCUGGAGGACCACACCAAGCAGGCCUUUGGCAUCAUGAACGAGCUGCGGCUCAGCCAGCAGCUCUGUGAUGUCACACUGCAGGUCAAAUAUGAGGACGCGCCAGCCGCCCAGUUCAUGGCUCACAAGGUGGUGCUGGCCUCAUCUAGCCCCGUCUUCAAGGCCAUGUUCACCAAUGGGCUGCGGGAGCAGGGCAUGGAGGUGGUGUCCAUUGAGGGCAUCCACCCCAAGGUCAUGGAGCGCCUCAUUGAGUUUGCCUACACGGCCUCCAUCUCCAUGGGGGAGAAGUGUGUGCUCCACGUGAUGAAUGGCGCCGUCAUGUACCAGAUCGACAGCGUCGUCCGCGCCUGCAGCGACUUCCUCGUGCAGCAGCUGGACCCCAGCAACGCCAUUGGCAUUGCCAACUUCGCUGAACAGAUCGGCUGCGCCGAGCUGCAUCAGCGCGCCCGCGAAUACAUCUAUAUGCACUUCGGAGAGGUGGCCAAGCAGGAGGAAUUCUUCAACCUGUCCCAUUGCCAGCUGGUGACGCUCAUCAGCCGAGACGAUCUGAACGUGCGCUGCGAGUCCGAGGUCUUCCACGCCUGUAUCAACUGGGUCAAGUAUGACUGUGAGCAGCGGCGUUUCUACGUGCAGGCGCUGCUCCGGGCUGUGCGCUGCCACUCCCUCACACCCCACUUCCUGCAGAUGCAGCUGCAGAAGUGCGAGAUCUUGCAGUCGGACUCCCGCUGCAAGGACUACCUGGUCAAGAUCUUCCAGGAGCUUACCUUGCAUAAGCCCACGCAGGUGAUGCCCUGUCGGGCGCCCAAAGUCGGCCGGCUCAUCUACACUGCUGGUGGCUACUUCCGCCAGUCACUCAGCUACCUGGAGGCCUACAACCCCAGUGAUGGCACCUGGCUCCGACUGGCAGACCUGCAGGUCCCUCGCAGUGGCCUGGCUGGCUGCGUCGUGGGCGGGCUGCUGUAUGCUGUGGGUGGCCGGAACAACUCGCCCGACGGCAACACCGACUCCAAUGCGCUGGACUGCUAUAACCCCAUGACCAACCAGUGGUCGCCCUGUGCCCCCAUGAGCGUACCACGCAAUCGGAUCGGGGUUGGGGUCAUCGAUGGGCACAUCUAUGCCGUUGGUGGCUCCCAUGGCUGCAUCCACCACAACAGUGUGGAGAGGUAUGAGCCAGAGCGGGACGAGUGGCACUUGGUGGCCCCAAUGCUGACUCGAAGGAUCGGGGUGGGAGUGGCGGUCCUCAACCGUCUGCUCUAUGCCGUCGGGGGCUUUGAUGGAACAAACCGCCUCAACUCAGCCGAGUGUUACUACCCAGAGAGAAAUGAGUGGCGGAUGAUCACACCCAUGAACACCAUCCGGAGUGGGGCAGGAGUCUGUGUCUUACACAACUGUAUCUAUGCUGCGGGAGGCUACGAUGGUCAGGACCAGCUCAACAGCGUGGAGCGCUACGACGUAGAGACAGAAACGUGGAGUUUUGUAGCUCCCAUGAAGCAUCGGCGAAGUGCCCUGGGGAUUACUGUGCACCAGGGAAGGAUCUACGUUCUCGGAGGCUAUGAUGGCCACACGUUCCUGGACAGUGUGGAGUGUUACGACCCAGACACAGACACCUGGAGUGAGGUGACCCACAUGACAUCGGGCCGGAGCGGGGUGGGUGUUGCUGUCACCAUGGAGCCCUGCCGGAAGCAGAUCGACCAGCAGAACUGUACCUGUUGAGCCGCUUGAGUCUCUUGGGCAAAAAAAUGGUCUGAUCGAGA